AUGCCGAUGUCAAUAAACUUCUACUGCUUUCUUGCUUUCGUUGAAGAUUUCGAGCAUUUCCAGGCAAACGAGAGUGGGACAGAUGAAGAAGUGUCGGGUGCUGAAGCAGCGGCUACUGUCGAGGAAAGUGGAUACUCAGGAGGGAAAGCGGUAGUUGACUGGUCUGUGAGUAACAACAAAGUCGACGAGUUUCCCAACGGAUACGAUGGCCUUGCGGCACUUCCGACGUUGCAAACUUCUUCGACAUCUAACAGCGUGCUCACUAAUCAAAUAACAGAGGAUCCUGUCGGAUUCGUUUCUACCGCAACUCAAAGGAUUACUUCGCCCACGACGCCUGUUGUGACGACAACAACUCCUGCUCCCUCCACUGAGACGCACGAAGGAUGUUCUGGCCUGCCAGAUUCGGCGCCUCCUGAAGGUUCGGCAGCUCAAAAUCCGUCGAGUUCGGUUCCAUCUGCACCACGAGUCAUACCAUAUCCACUUCCGAAGAGCAUAGACGGAGCAGUAACAGGUCACGCAGACAAAAUUUGUCCUCCCUGUGCACUUCUCGCUUCUUCUUCUCCUCCUACUCCUACUGUAGCAGCACUUGCACUCGCACCAGCACCAGAGGGAAGAUCAGUACCAACGCCAGACUCCGGACCUACUCCAGCUGUAUCUGCACCAGUUCCUGCACAACCCGAGCCAUCUUCACCUGAAGCAGCCGUCGAGGUGGCCCCGGCUGCUAUGUUCACGUCUGACAAAAAUGAGUCCUCUCAGGAACAAUCACAAUCACGUGAGGUUGCACCCUCACCAGCUCCAUCGGGAGAGUCGGCGCCACCUCCUGCGCCUGAACCCUCUCCUGUUCUUCCUGCUUCAAUUCCAGCGCAACCUGAGCCAUCCCCACCAGAAGCGGUGAUAGCCACGUCUGACAAUAACGAGCACUCUCAGGAACUGACAUCAGCACAUGUACCAGCUCCAGCACCUGCACCUCUCGAAGUCGUCCCUCCCGCUCCGUUACCAAAUCCUGCACCUAUUUCAGAACCUUCCUCUGGAGCUCUUCAUGAAAUUGACAAUCACAGUUAA